AUGACUUUUUGUGUCAAACACCAUUGAAAGAAUAUGAACUUGCCUUCAAAGCUUUAGGUGCUUGUAUAUGCUACUUGAAAAAGUGUUACAUUGAAGAUUGUCUGCUUACAAUGAAGUUGUUUGAAACUUAUAAACCUAUUGAUGAAGCGGUUGUUUCAAAUAGUGCUUUUCAAAAAGAUCGGAAAUAUAUGAUUCUUGACAAUGUUACUCUCAACAACUUAGCAAUUGUACCAAAUCAGCCAUCUGCUAAAUCAGAAGAAACUUUAUUUGGAACAUUGAAUUUCUGUGAAACAAAUUUUGGGAAAAGAGAACUUCGCAAAUGGCUUUGCUCACCCUUAUAUCAACCAACAGAAAUUUACGACAGACUAGAUGCUAUUAAUGAUCUUAAAAACAUAACUAUUUUUGAAGAUGUUCAAAAAUGCUUGAGAAAAUUGCCUGAUUUAGAGAGAUUACUAAACAAGAUACAUGUGCAUGGCUUAUCACGUAAUAAAGAUCAUCCUGAAACUCGUGCCAUAUUUUAUGAGAUGGAAGUUUACAAUAGGAAGAAAAUUUUGGAUCUUAUCUCAGCUCUAAAAGGUUUCAAAGACGCUGCUAGCAUAUCUAAGCUAUUUGAGCCUUUUGUUAAGGAUUUCAAAUCAAAUUUGCUUAAAAAAUGUGUAUCAUCAUCUCCAGAUAUUGGUUGCUUCCCAUUAUUUGAGGAAACUUUAUCAUAUUUUUCUGAUGCUUUUGACCAUAAUGAGGCCAUGAAAAAAGGUAAGUAAAUAUUAGCUUUCUGUCUAGAUAUAAUUUAAAA